CUCCGCCAAUGGGCAAAGACCACGAUUGUCAUGGAACCGUCCUGAGCUUACGUUUGUAAGAAUGGCAAAUACGUGAAGAGGCGGUGGCGUGUAUCCUGAGCGUCAAGCGAUUGCUUGAGGAUUGAAGGAAUGGAAGCUCUACAACCGUCUUCGAUAAAAAUCUGGCCUGCAUGGUUAUCGGUUUUGGUGCUAAGUUCUAUGUACAAAGACUGUGAUGGCACAACACAGGCUGAAAUAAACAAGCAUUUGGAGAUGGGGAGAGACUUCCUGGGACGUGGACAGCUACAGGAUGCCUUAUCGCAUUACCAUGCAGCUUUAGAGGGAGAUCCAGCCAACUAUCUGACUUACUUCAAACGAGCUACUGUCUACUUAGCACUUGGGAAGUCAAAAUUUGCCCUUAUGGAUCUGGAUAGGGUACUUGAACUGAAGCCAGAUUUUACAGCUGCCCGUUUGCAGCGAGGUAAUGUCCACUUGAAACAAGCCCAGCUGCAAGAAGCUUUAAGAGAUUAUACAGAUGUGCUCCAGGAGAAUCCAUUUAAUGAAGAAGCCCUUCUUGGACAGAGUAGAGUGGAACCUGCAAUGUAUGACAUACAGUUAGCAGAGAGAUAUGUUGAAAUGGGUGAAUGUAGUGCUGCGAUUGACACCAUCACUAAAGUAAUAGAGGUUUGCCCAUGGGCAUCCCAUUUGCGAGAGUUGCGAGCCGACUGCCAUGUUGCACUUGGUGACACAAUGUCUGCUAUUUCAGAUAUCAGAUCAACAACAAAAUUGGAGUCUGACAACAUAGUUGGUUUCCUCAAAUUGUCUCGUCUUCUGUACCAGCUUGGACAAGCCCAGGAAUCUUUGAAGGAGAUCAGAGAAUGUCUCAGGUUAGACCCUGAACAUAAAGAGUGCUUCCCUUUCUACAAAAAAGUAAAGAAAGUGGACAAAUUUCUUCAGGAUAUGGAAACAGCAGCAAAUAACAAAGAUUAUACAAAAUGCGUUGAACAAGCUAAAAAGGUGCUGAAAGAGGAGCCUACCAUUCAGAUGAUUUCUUUUCUUGCAAAACAGAAAUUGUGCCAUUGUUACUUGAAAUCAGAUCAAUUGUCCCUGAGUAUUCAGAGUUGUAGAGAGGCUCUAGAACUUCAGAAAGACCCAUAUGUACUUUGUGACCGUGCUGAAGCCUACAUCAGCAGCGAAAUGUAUGAUGAUGCUAUUCAUGAUUACCAGGAUGCUCUUGAAAUGGAUGAAAACUUGCAACGUGCUAAGGAGGGCCUACAGAGAGCAAGAAAACUCCAGAAGCAAGCGGAAAAAAGAGAUUACUAUAAAAUCCUUGGUGUGAAGAGGACAGCAAGCAAGCAAGAAAUUAUAAAGGCUUACCGAAAAAUGGCACAGAAGUGGCAUCCAGAUAAUUUCCAAGGGGAUGAGAAGAAAAUAGCAGAAAAGAAAUUCAUUGACAUUGCAGCUGCUAAAGAAGUAUUGACAGAUCCAGAUAAGCGUAGCAAAUUUGAUAUGGGCGAAGAUCCAUUAGACCCAGAGGCUCCAAAUCAACAUGGAUUUAAUCCAUUUCAGCACACCCAUUUCCACGGCAGUCCAUUUCAGUUCAAGUUCCACUUCAACUGAAUGAUGCGAGGCUGGUCCUACACACACAGUUGGAGAAAAACAAAUCCACAACACACUGCUUGAAAUGUGGUGUAUUAUUUCAACCAACAGCUGCUGCAUGUGUGUGUGUGUGUGUGUGUGUGUGUGCAAUAUCAGUUUUAAAUUAAUCCAACUUUUGACUUAUUUUCCAUACUUUGAACGGUUUUCCAGCAAAUUAAUUACUGAACUACGAAAAAGAUAUUUAAUUUUCAGUUUCAAAAGUCCUACUUUUUCCUCACUUCAGAAAUUAUUUUAUUUUUGCAGUGUUUGAUACACAGAACUACUGGUGUAUUUUUUGACACCAAACAAUGUUUUGAAAUGGUCAUAUUGCUAUGUGUUAUGGCUAAAGUAAUGUGCCUUGGUUCAUGAAUAUAUGAAUGUCAGCUUACUUCUGUCACAACAUGUUCAGUUGUAAAUGUGACUGACACUGCGUGUGGAAAUAUUUGUAAAAUUUCCCUUUUGUGUGUGUGUGUGUGUGUGUGUGUGUGUGUGUGUGUGUGUGUGUGUGUGUUUUUGCACACGCGCUCGUGUGUGCGCACUUGUGCACUUUAGUGCAGGCAAGUGCUUGUAAUAAUUGUGUGCCAACUUUUGGUUUUUGCACUGCAGUCACUUGUUGUACUGUGUUCAUUGCAAAAAUGAAAUCAAAAUAAUUUUUGACAGUGUGUAGACUGCAGUUAAGUGAUUCAUUUUUAUAAAUGCAUUUUCCACACUUGGUAUGUUGUUUUGCAAAGUAAAAUAUUGUUGCAUGUUGCCAUUUUUUCAUUAUGCCCUACUUAAAUAUUAAUGUAACACGUGUAAUUUAUGUUACUGAAAAUAAAAUAUGCAGAGGAGGCAUAGCUUUAAGAUACUGUGUGCCCAGAAUUGUGCAGGCCAUACAUGUUUAUGUAGUUCUGUUAGUCACGAAACUGUGAAUAAUGCAAUAAAAUAGUUACCAUAAUCCUGUGACUUCUGUUAAACAUUUGUUUUUUGUUUUGUUUUAUUAUAAUAAAUGUUGCAAUGUGAAAAAGUGUCAUGACAUUAUUAAAAAUUCUGAAUCCAAGUAAUGUUGACAGUAGGUAUUGCUGCCAGAGGUAUUGUAUUAAUUAGAAACACUGGAAUUUUUUAACAAGACUAUAUUAAUUUCUUUAAUUAUAAAAUUGUAUUUGUAAAAUGAAUUUAACAAGUUGUCUGCUGAACUCCUAGUUGAAUUAACAAAUGAGUUUAGUUUCCGCAGUGUUAUGCCUGCUCUGCAAAAUGAGACUGAAACGUUACUGGUUCUCUACGUGUUUUUGAUUAAAGAUUAUUUACUAUCGUUAAUUGUUGGAAGUGAUUAGACUAUUUUAAAUACUUGAGUCUAUCACCAUUACCAUGUCUUAUAAAUUUGGUUUCUUCAGAUUAUUCCAUAACUUAACAUGGUAUUAGUUGCUAGGAAUAAAGGAAAUUCAUCAGUGCAUUAUCUAAAAAAGUGUUCGAAGUCCGACUUGAGCAAUUUUAAUAUGAAACUAUAUAUACAUGAGUGUUUAUCAGAGUGUGGAAUCAUGUGAUUUAUUAUACAUUAACAGUCAAUUCAUUAAUGACUGUGCUACUUCUGUGAAACAGUUGAAUGGAGAAACAUAUAUGACAUAUCAUCUGUCUGUAACAAAUGAACAGUUUUAUUUGACAAGUGCUUCAAUAUUUUAGUUUUAAAUAUUGUGUAGCUGCAUAUGGCUGCCGCACAUCUGUACUGUCGUAACUGAGUGGCCUAUAAGGCAUAUACGAAACAGACGUCGUAGAUGUUCUGCCAAUAGUCAUAACAUUGGUGAAGGAAAGCUUAUUUCCUUUGUCAGCAUGGGAAACUUUUUUUUUUAUUGAACGUUGAGAAUGGGUGUCCGUGUUGAAUGUGUGUCAUAUUACUCGACUUAUUGUGUUACAUGUGUGUAUGUGACUACAGGAAAACUGCAAUGUGUGUCUGCGUGUGUGUUUUUAAUCCGUGAAAUGUAUGCCCACAUUGUGGCUUGAAGAAUGAUCUUCGGUAAAUUAUUACACUAGUAUUGUUCUGUAUAUAUGGACAAUGUGUUUUAUCAGUUCCUUGUGUGUUCUGUAACCCAUGACUGGUUACUUCAGUCUUGAUUUGUGAUAUAACAGACUGUGAAACUUAAGUUACAGAAAAAUAAAAUGCUAUAUUGUUAAUAA